UGUCGCCGUACGUUUUCCGGGUAUAAUGAAGUGGUCUCGGGAGUGCUUCGGUAAGUGUUCGUUAACAAAUCGUCGGUAUUUGCUGUAUUUGGGCCGAUGAUGUAAACCCUUACUCUCGACGCCGAAGGUUUCGUAGUUGUAGUCAUGGAUCUGAAAAAACUUGCGAGAAAUCUUAAAUUCGUCGAGUAAAAUUAUAUUUUAUCCACGAUUUACAACGCCGUAGAACAAACUACAUCUUCGUGUAAUAACAGUUUAUUUCAUACCUUCUAGUAAGAUCAUUUGAAAUCGCUGUUCUACUAGGACUUCAGCCAAAAUGACAUCGCUAUCGGUAAUGCCGGCUUGGAAACAAGAGCUGAUCGAAAAAAAAAGAAAGAAAGAACAAGAAGAAAAGGUAAAAACUCAGGUACAAAACGAUCGAUCAGCUUCUUUACCCGAAUGGAAGAAAAAUUUGUUAGCUAGAAAGAAAGGCUUACAUGGCGCAGAUACGAAUCAUGGGCUUGACAAGCAGUCUAAUAAUAUUGGCAAUAACACUACUGCUAGCGGCUACGAUAAACUUAGCCAGAAAAGGAGCUCUUUUACUACCAAUUCAACGGAACGAGAACAUGAAUCCAAUUUGAGCAAAAAUCCACCAAAAGUAAUAGUAAUUCCAAAAGAGAACUCGCAGAAUGGAACCCAAGGAGGGAGGCAGCAUUCCUUUGUCGCCAGCAGUUCGCCACAAUCAGAUCAACAAAAGGAGUACAAACAAUUUGACCAUAAACUGUCAAGGAAUGGCCAAGAAAACUACAAUAACCAGGGAAUUGUUCCAGAAGAUAGCGAAAAUAGCAGUAAAGUUUCAUAUGAACACAUAAAAACACCUUCAGAACUAAGAAAACUUUUUGGAAUAGUGAGUCGUGAUUCUGCCAGCAUAACCUUUACGGAAUCCAAUAAGACCCAAAACCAACAAACCCAAGCUCACAAAGAUGUCUCGACAAAGCCCCAUCGAAGCACUUGCACAAGGGAUUAUGAACAGAGCCAAAAGUCCACUGCCAACACUCAUCCACAAAACUCUUCAAGGGAGUCCAUGUCCUUGAAGGAGAAGGAAGUGGAGUUGCCCAAGUCCCAGACACCUGCUAARAAUGAAAAGGCAAAAGAGAAGGACAAUGUUAUAAUAAUUCCCAGGGAUAAUGACUCUCAAAUUAAUGUUUGUUCAAAAGAUGAUGAUAAACCAGAAAGUGUAAAAGACGAUGAAAUACCAGCUGAAGUUCAUGUUGAAGCAAUAAGAACCAAGUUUGGGCCUUCUGGAAACUUUCGUCUACAUAAAAGCUCAUCAUCUGACAAUCUUUUAAUUUCGAAGCAUCAUGAAAUGUCUCCAAGAUCUAGAGAAAAACCCCCACCACUAAAUAAGCGAUGGUCAGCAGAUGUUGGUGGUCUCUUGUCUCCUACAAGGAGUACUAGUGAUGAUGAAGAUAUCUUUGAUUCAGGACGUUAUGAUAAUUAUAUGAAACGUGUGAGAUCCAAAUCCAUGGGGGAUGUUAAAAUAACUGAUCAUCAUUUUCAAGACUUGGAACCUGUUUUAAAUCUAAAACACAGAGCAAGUGUUUCAUCUGGUAUUGAGCAUCGUCUACAGGUACUAAGGCAUAAUGUGUUAGUUUCAGAUGGACAAAAUGAUGAUUAUGAAGAGGUCRAUGAGAAUACAAAUAUUUGUUUGGAUGAGAGUAUAAAAAAUAAUUUUCAAGAUGGCCAGAGUAAGAGUACUAACAUUGUUGGGUCAAAUGGAAAGCAAAUGGAUGAAGAUGCCCCAAAGAUUCGAAAAGCAUCAUGGUUUAAUCAAGAGGAUCAUACCAAGGAUACAGACUUAUUACUUUCUCACCAAGAUUAUGACUUGAAUGAAAAACCAGCAAAAAAAUCCACCAUUUCACAACACUCAGGUCAUGAUUUAAAUAAAUCAUCUGAGGUUCAAGAAAAAGUCAAAGCCAAGCAUCUUAAUUCUGGAAAAAAGGAUGAAGCCAUCAUAUAUGAUAGGAAGUCCAAACAAGAUCAGAAUGUUGAAGUGUCCUCAAGCAACAAAGAAUCUUGUACUCCAUUGAAACCUGUACCCCAAAAGAAUAUACUCAUGAAUGGCACUUCUCCUGGUGAUGAUGAGCCAGAAAAGGAUGAAAAGCCACCUAAGGGAUCAGUGCAUAAAUUAAGUUCUCUCUUUGGGUCAAGUGUUUCUAAGGGUAACAAAAAGGCAAAAGCAAAAACUGAUAAUAAUGUGACAAGUAAAUCUUCUCAAGAACAGCAUCUUAAUCAAGAAAAUAAGUCAAAACCUGAAAAGAAAGAUUCACAAAAAAGCAGUUCUUCCAGAAUUUUUCCCUGGUCAAAAAAGCAGAAAAAGUUUGAGCCAGUCACAGAUGUAAAGGUUGAGGAAACCAAACCAUUUAGUGGAGCUAGCAUCUUAAGGCCAGUCCACCAAGAGGUUGUCAAACAAAAAAUCACUGGUAAUAUGACAUUAGUAAUAAAUUCAAAUGCAGGAUCAUACRAAGCAAAGCCUAAGCAAAAACAACCACAAUUAAAUUCCCCAAACCAAGCUUCUGGUAUAGGCCACCUCAACAGUCUAACUGCUGGGCAAAACUCACAAGUGAAUAUGUCUUCAACUAAGUACGAACAACAAAGUAACUGUUCUCCAGCAGUCCGUAAGCCAGAUGAUAUGAUGGUAACUGUUAUAGAUGUCCCAGGUCCCAGUAGUACUGAUGAUGUAGAAGUGUCUGCUAUUGAUAUGCCUGGUCCACCCUCUUCCACUCCAGUAUCAGUUAUUGAUAUCCCUGAGUCACCAGAACAUGAUAUCAAAGUGUCAGUCAUUGAUAUGCCAGAUGAGGAGGUAGAUUCAGAUGAUUCUGAUAGCAGUGGUUCUUGCAUGUCUGGGAGCUAUGACAUCAAUCCAGUUAUUGGAUCUAGUAGCGUUUAUACCAUUAAUGAAAUAAGCAGAGAGGAGGAGGAGGAAGAAGAAGAUAUAGAUAAUGUUCCAGUUUCAUAUUUUGGUGACUCAACGUACAUGAAGGUGCCUGAAGUGGUUUUUGAAAGUAAAGUGGAAAAUGUCAAAUCUUGUCUGAGCAGCCCACUUCGUUCAAGGAAGAGAAAAGCUGCUAAAGUGGUGUUUCAUGCUAACAGCCUGGAAAAGGUCCAUGAUUAUCCAUCUGAAGUAUGUAUGCAGUAUCACUUUGAUGAAUACAUGAAAGAAAAUGAUGGCAAAACUAUAGACCAAUACAAACCUCCUUCUCUGCAAGGUCUYGAGGACAAACAAUUGGAAAACAAGACUGUAACUAUCAAUAAGAAUAAAGUGUUCAAGUCAUCAGACAAUAAGGAGUUAAAGGAUGAAAGUAAUGCACCUACUAUCACUUAUUUAGACCGAGGAGAAGCAUUUACCAGUUCAAGUAGUUCAGGUGCACUUCUUUUCUAACCGUUCAGUAAAAAAUAUGUGCAUGAAUAAUGAUGUAAUGUUAUGUGUUUAGAAAUAACACUCACUGAACCAUGUGCAUCAUUCAUGAUGGUUAUUUUUAGAAUAGAAUAUACUGUAGACCAAGUUUAUAUGUCAAAUGUGUAGACUUUCCAGAAAUUAUCCAUACCCGCCACAGGAAUUUGGAAUUUCCGA